UACCAGCAAUGGAAACAUUUCAAAAAUCGCUGGAGAAAACAAGAAUUGAGGAUCCUGCCAUCAGUGUCUAUUCUAAUGUAACUGGGAAGAAGUACAAACAUGGUUAUGAUAUUAGAAAAAAUCUUCCCAAACAGAUAGUCUACCCGGUGAAAUGGGAGCAAAUUCUCCACGCCAUUUAUGAGAGGGACCAGGGUGCGUACUUUCCAAGAACUUUCGAAAUUGGACCUGGAAGUACCCUAACAACCAUUUUGAAGCAAGUCAAUGCAAAAGCCUAUGAACAAGCUUUUAAUGUCAGAGCGUGACAGAAUAUUUUUGAAGUUUCUUAGGCAAAUGUUCCGGUCAUCAUGAAGGAUGAAUGGGAUGAAUCAGGUGUCUCUGGAAUUGAGAAAGAGCGAAUAUAAUAUUGGAGAAUCAUCAUUGUCGAAGAUAGCAGUAAAGAAUUUAAAGUGAAGGUCUUUUUAUAUAUACCUUGUCACACCAAUUAGUUUGCAAUUACAAAAGUAGUAACGAA